AUGGUACAGUUCAUACCGAUUCUUGUCCUGAUUUUCCUCCUCUUUUGUUUCAUACUAAUAGUAUUGUUUGGUGACCUUCCUUCUUAUAGAGGUACUCUAAUUCCAAGGAUACGGCAAACACUGAUACUCAUUCUUUCUUGUUCGGGAAAUGGCCUCGUAGCUGCUGAUCGAAGAUUUCUUGGAGGAGUCGUCACAAAAUUGGUUUCCAGUCCAAUAAUCAGGAAGACACUUGGCUGGCUGAUACCUUCGAUGUACUUCGUGAUCAUGUGGAAUUGUUUGAAAUUAUUUUUUAACAAGGUGUACCCCACCCUUUACUCUCAACUCGAAUUUAUCUUAGUUAUUGUACCUUCAUUGAUUGUCAACUUUUCAUCGUUUUUGCUGGCAACUUUCAUCAGUCCAGGAGUUCCUACUCACACUGAUCUUGAUAAAUUGCUGGCUCAAUUCCCAUAUAAUGGACUGAUUUUUCAUUCGUUUUAUGAUUAUAAGUUUUCCAACCCAGAAUACUACAACAAGAAGGUUACCUGCUCAACAUGCCACUUGACUAAAAUUCCCAGAUCAAAACACUGUUCACAUUGCGGCCAAUGUUUUCUGCUCUUGGAUCAUCAUUGCAUAUGGCUGAAUAACUGUGUUGGCUACAAUAAUUAUAAAUGGUUUCUAAUAUUCCUCGUCGACAUGGAUUGGGUAUUUCUCUACGGUGGAUAUUUGAACUACAAGUUCCUUAAAAAUCAAAUAGCAGAUGAAGUCCCAUGGUCCAGCUACUUACGAGAGAUUUGGGUGUUAAGGAAGGUCUCGUUCGAUAAUGAGGUAGCUCAAAUUUUGCUGCUUCUUUGUACAGUUCUAUUCCCUGUGGUAUUUGGCUUCACAAUAGAGCAUUUUCGCAAUAUUUAUCUUGGUGUAACUACCAAUGAGACUGCAAAAUGGAAGUUCAUCCAGGCUUUGAUUGAAGAAGGGAUACUCUACCAGUACUCGGACAAGAAUACCCAGUGCACAUACUUGAUUAAAUCAAGGCUACAUUUUCUUCGGUUAGACAAUGAAGAGAGCUUCAAAGAUAUCGAUUUCAUGAUAGGAAGACUAUCAAAGAUCGAGAGCAUUCACGAUAUCGAUAAUAUCUACGACAAAGGUUUCUUACAAAACUUCAAAGAGAGAAUGCGUAUUCAAUGA